GCUCUUACAUAAAAACAGCUUAUUUUUUGUUAAGCUUUCUUACAUAAUUAUAGUUAUCUCAUCUUUUCUGAAUUCAAUAAAAUCUCAUGUUUUGUGUGACUUGCAGUUACUUAUAGACAAUAAAUUGUUUAAUUUUGGAUGCAUAAUUUAGUUAAUCAUUGCUGCUUACAAGAUUUAUUGCCUUUGUAACGGUAGGUUACUUAACUUAGCUAAAUUAGGCUUAUCAUCUUCAGUGUCAUCGUUUACCCCUUCUACCUUUGUCGCCAUCAGCCAACGAAACAUGUCCAGUGCUAAUUCUGUUGACCCUUUCCCUAGUAUUUCUCUUUUGCCUAAGAAAGAAACAACAGCCUUAUCUUUCAUCAAUAAAUAUCCAAAUGCUGAUGGGAAACAAGUUGUUAUCGCCAUUUUUGAUACGGGAGUUGAUCCAGGAGCUGCUGGUCUCCAAGUAACGUCCGAUGGAAAACCUAAAAUAAUCGACAUAAUAUCAGCCACUGGUGAUCAUGAUGUAGAUACUUCAACUGUUGUCACUUGUGAUGAAGGAAGUAACAUUAUUACUGGCUUAACGGGACGAAAGCUCAAAAUUCCAAGUUCGUGGACUAAUCCUACAGGAAAAUGGCAUAUUGGAUUCAAGAGUGGUUACGAACUUUAUGCUAAAAACGCUUGUAGUCGUAUAAAGGCAGAAUACCAACGUAACAAUUGGAAUUCUGCUUUUUCUGAUGCUAAAACUAUCAGUUUACGCGAACUUCAAGAGUUUGAAGCUAAAGAAAAAGAAAAAAAGAAAGCAACUGUCCCUAAAGAUACUGAAUCAACAGCAGCAUCUCAAAUUAAAACAGGAAAUGAAAUUCAGCUAUCAAGUGAUGGUGACAAAACAUUUGAGAAUCAAUUGCUAAAAGAAGACUUACAAGGAAAAGUUGAUGUACUGAAUUCAUUAGAAGAAAAUUAUUCUGAUUUGGGACCUACCUAUGAUUGUGUUGUUUUUCAUGAUGGCACAAUGUGGAGAGCUUGUGUUGAUGUUACUCAAACUGGAGAUCUAGAAAAAUGCACUGUUCUUGGUACUUAUAAAGAUACAUUGGAAUAUGCGACUCUCACUGACAGAGAUCAGCACAAUUACUCGGUUAACAUUUACGAUGACGGUAAUUUACUGGAAAUAAAUUGCAUAUCGGGUGAUCAUGGUACACACGUUGCCGCUAUUGCUGCUGCAAAUUUUCCCGAAGAACCUGAAAAGAAUGGCGUUGCUCCUGGUGCUCAAUUAAUCAGUAUCAACAUUGGAAAUAGUCGCCUUGGAGGUGGAAUGGAAACAAGUGCUUCAAUAAUCAGAGCUUGCUUGCGAGCCAUCGAAGCGAAAGUUGAUGUUAUCAACAUGAGCUUUGGUGAACCUAUUCAAUGGGCUGGUGGCCGUUGUUUCGAGUUUCUAAAUGAAGUAGUUGAAAAGCACGGAAUUAUUUUCGUUGUUGCAGAUGGAAAUGAUGGACCAAAUUUUUCGACGUCCUCUGCAUCUUCUAUGCCAGAUUCUCUCAUCAGUAUUGGAGCAUAUGUUAGUCCUGAAAUGAUGGAAGCCGAAUACUCUACUCGGGAAAAAAUUCCAGGCAGAAUUUUGACUUUCUCAUCCAAAGACCCCAAUAUUGAAGGUGGUAAUUCUAUCAGUGUUUGUGCUCCUGGAGCUGCGAUUGCCUCUGUAUCGCGAGCAACUUUAGCAAAAUGUGAGCUUUUUAACGGAACAUCUAUGGCAGCACCCAAUGCAACCGGAUGUAUAGCGUUACUCUUAUCUGGAAUGAAACAGAAAAACUUGCCUUACUCUCCCUUUUCUGUAAGACGUUCCAUUGAAAAUACUGCUUACAAACCACCAACAUAUGAUCCUUUCUCUAUGAACAAUGGGCUCAUUCAAAUUGACCCAGCUUUUGAUCACUGUGCCAAAUUUGCUGAUUCAAUUGAACGUGAUGUCAGAUUCAGUGUUACUUGUAACGGCGGAAAACAAGGUAUUUAUUUGCGAGAGUCGACAGAUACCAUCCGUCAGUCAGUCCACAUUGUAUCAAUUCAACCAUUCUUCUUGAAUCAUGAUGACUAUGAUAAUAAGAUCAAGGGUGAUUUUGAGAUGAAACUAUUCUUUACCUGUGAUGCGCCUUGGGUACAAAUUCCAGGUUAUUUACUAGUAACAAAUUGUAAACGAAACAUAACUGUCAAAGUUGAUCCAUCUGGUCUCUCUUAUGGCUCCCACAUUACUCAUUUGAAAGCCUUUGAUUCUACCAAUCCUGAGAAAGGUUUUGUAUUCAAACUUCCUAUCACCGUUAUCAAGCCGAUGACUGUAGAUCCUACCUCAAUGCAAUCUCAAUGGAAUCAGCUCGAAUUGAAACCAGGUGUACCUAAUUUUACACACUUCACUCCACCCACUGGCUCGUCAGUCGUUACAGUCAAAGUUAAAAACAUUGGCACCAUUGCUACUGGAACUUGCAUAGCCAGUGUACGUCAGUUGAUUCCUCAAGGCUGGGGUAAAAAUUUGAAUUCAGAUUUUUCUUUGCUUCCUGGAGCUGAAGCAUCUCUUAAAUUCCCGAUUUGGGACCAUAAAACUGUUGAUGUUGCCAUCACUAAAUGGUGGUCGAGUUUCGGAGAUGCGUUGAUUUCAUAUUCGAUAGAAUUUUCUGGUUGCAAACUCAACUCUAGCGAUGUAACAAUGUUUGCUAGCUCAAAUUAUCAUAAAAUUGAAAUUUUUGGGUCUUCACCUAAUGAUCGUAUUCAACCCAAAAUUGCACUUAACCAUGUAGUCUCGCCAUUGAAACCAUCUGAAGAAAUCAUUUCUCCCCUAUCUUCGCGUGAUGUGAUGCCAGGAGGUCGUCAAAUUCAUCAGUUACUUUUAACUUACAACUUCAAUCUUCCCAAGGCGGCUGAAACUACGUGUAUUUUCCCUCUUUUGGACACUCUUCUUUACGAGGAUGAAUAUCAUAGUCAUUUAUGGCAGGUCUUUAAUGCCAAUAAACAGUUUAUGAUGGGUGGUGGACCGUUUCCUUCUCGAACUAUUUACAAAUUUGACCGGUAUAGCAAAAAAUUAGAAAAAGGAGAUUACGUUGUCAAACUACAAAUUCGUUCUGAAAAUGUUAAUCUACUCAAAAAAAUUAACAAAGCUCCUAUUCAUUUAGUGACCAAGCUUCCUUCAUCUGCCAGUCUUGAUAUCUAUCCAUCUUACAAAGAGCUUUUGCUUGAAGGAAAACAAUUUGCUAGUCAAUCGAUUGGAGAGAAACAACAGCUUAAUGCAUUCAUAAGAUCUUUUGCGGCUGAUAAAAUUCCGAAGAAUUUGCCUAGCAUUUCAGGCUCUUAUCUCUGUGGUGCAAUUAGUUUAGAAAAGGACGAAGGCAAGAAAAAAACUCAAGAUUAUCCUUUCUACUAUGUUUUGGAUUCUGAAGCUCCUAAAAAAGCUGUUAAAGAAACUGUUGAAGAAAAGCCAGUAGAAGAACAAUAUAGAGAUGCCUUAGUGGACUUCAAAGCUAAUUGGAUUGCUAAAUUUCAUGGCAGUGGUUAUGAACAUAUACUUUCUGAUACCGACAAUCUUAAGCCUGAUAAAAAACAAGCUCUAAUCAUUGCUCAGAUUCAGGCUCUUGACGCAUCUAAAGAUGAAAAUAAGCAAUAUUCAAAAAUUAUCGAGUUAGCGGAUGAAAUAAUUGCAUCACACAAUAUUGAUGACUUCUAUGGCGGCCUUUUACUUGCCAAAAACAAGAACAAAACAUCGGGCGAUGAACCUGGAAAGAAGGACGAGACUUUAAAAAACCUAGAAAAACAAAAAGAAUGGUUAUGUGAAGCCUUGGCGCAAAAGGGAAUGGCCAUUUUACAAAUAAUUAGAUCGGAAGCAUCUUCUGGCUCCAGUGCUACCCAAAAGUACACCAUUCAAGAUUUAGACAAAAUUGUUCAAGACUUGAAAAAAAUGGAUGAAUUGAAUAACACAAAAUGGCAUAAAUUUGUUUACCAGCACGCUCUUGAAAAACACCAGUUUGGAAGAGCCCUUAAAGCAGUCAUGAAACAGCAAGAAAACAAACCAUCUAGAGAAUUGGAUGAUCAACUUAUCGAUUGUUUUGAUCGACUUGGAUGGAAGUUUGCUGUUGCUCAUUAUAAAAGAAGUCAAAUUGUUGCCUACCCACCUUCAUACAGACUUUUUUGAACAAUUAUCCUUUCUUUUUGUAACAUCCAUUAAACAAGUUAUGCUACAUGUUCAACUGGCCUUUUAGGUUUCAAUAAAAUAUUCGUAUUAAUAAAUUUGCAGAAAAAUUGGUGUUUAAAA